AAAUGAAACUCUUUUGUGUCAUAAAAUAAAAUUCUUCUUCGCAACUUUUUGUCUGAACAAAAAUGGAUGCUCUGGACUCUGUUUUCGAUCCCCUUAGAGAUUUCGCCAAAGACAGCGUUAGGCUUGUUAAGAGGUGCCACAAGCCAGAUCGCAAAGAAUUCACCAAAGUUGCUACUCGUACUGCAAUUGGUUUCGUUGUGAUGGGAUUCGUAGGAUUUUUCGUCAAAUUGAUCUUCAUUCCUAUCAACAACAUCAUCGUUGGUGCUUCUUAAUCGAAUGUAUAUUGUGGUGCUUUGCAACAAGACAACUUAAACUCUAUUGUGUAACUGCAGAGGGGAAGGAGAAACUUAAUGGAGAUAUAGAAGGAAUCAACGAUGACAGUCCUCACAAUAUUAGUUUAAAUUUGUAACCUCUGGCUGUUGGAUAUUUCUGACAUCUUUUUCAGAACCCUCUUUGCUGGUUUGAAUUGUAGCACUCAAAUAGCCUUUCUCACCUUCCACCUUCUCCCUGAACCCCUUAUAUUGGAAUCUUGUACACUUAUCUUCCAGAUCAAAGUACUUAUAUCUUAGUUUUACUUUUCUGGUGCUCUUUAUACAGAAGUUAAUGUUUCUAUUAUUAGUAUUACAAUUAA